AUGUUUGAGGCACGCCUGGUCCAGGGCUCCAUCUUGAAGAAGGUGCUUGAGGCGCUUAAGGACCUCAUCAACGAAGCCUGCUGGGACAUCAGCUUGAGUGGCGUGAACCUGCAGAGCAUGGAUUCAUCCCCUGUCUCCUUGAUGCAGCUCACCCUGCACUCCGAGGGCUUCGGCAGAUAUCGCUGCGACUGCAACUUGGCCAUGGACGUGAACCUCACCAGCAUGUCCAAAAUACUGAAAUGUGCUGGGAAUGAAGACAUCAUUACACUCAGGGCUGAAGAUAAUGCGGACACCUUGGCACUAGUAUUUGAAGCUCCAAAUCAAGAAAAGUUUUCAGACUAUGAAAUGAAGUUAAUGGAUUUAGAUGUUGAACAGCUUGGAAUUCCAGAACAAGAGUACAGCUGUGUAGUAAAAAUGCUUUCUGGUGAAUUUGCACGUAUAUGCCGAGAUCUCAGUCAUAUUGGAGAUGCUCUUGUAAUUUCCUGUGCAAAAGAUGGAGUGAAAUUUUCUGCAAGUGGAGAACUUGGAAAUGGAAAUAUUAAGUUGUCACAAAUGAGGAAUGUUGAUAAAGAAGAGGAAGCUGUUACCAUAGAGAUGAAUGAACCAGUUCAGCUAACUUUUGCACUGAGGUACCUGAACUUCUUUACAAAAGCCACUCCACUCUCUCCUACAGUAACACUCAGUAUGUCUGCAGAUGUACCCCUCAUCGUGGAGUGUAAAAUUGCUGAUAUGGGACAUUUAAAGCACUAUUUGUCUCCCAAGAUUGAGGAUGAAGAAGGACCGUAG